UACGUCCUCACGUAUACAGUGUAAACAUCGGCUCUUCAAUUAAUUAAAAACAGACAGCUAAUUUUACAAAGUGUUUAACAAAAUGCUGAAAAUAAAUGAUAAAAAUGACACAACAAGGAUACUGGAUGACGAAUGCAAAAUCCAUGUGCAGGAAUUGGAUAAAUUACUGGAACUCGAGAACUCGCGGAACUCGCAAAUAUGCAUUGAAUUCAAUGAUAUCUGUUACCCAGUUCGUCACAAAUUUAAAAAAAAUGAGAAAAAAGUCCUACAUAAUGUGACGGGGCACUUUGAAACGAGAAAAGUUACGGUGAUUAUUGGUCCUUCCGGCGCAGGAAAAUCCACCCUGCUAAAAAUUAUAUCGGGUGAACGAUUGAAUAAAGUUAAGGGUACCAUUACUGUAAACAAUGUUGAACAAAAUAGAACGAUGUUUCGCAAACAGAUAUGCUAUGUGCCGCAGCAAUUCCAUUUAUUGCCAUUCCUCACAACGAGAGAAACUCUCUAUAUAGCGGCACGACUGAAACUCAAUGUUAAUCAGAACAAACAAGAGAUUCGUUUAAUUGUGAAUGAUAUCGCAAAGAAUCUCGGCUUGUCGUCUUGUCUAAACACAUUGGCGAAUAAAUUAAGCGGUGGCGAACAAAAGAGACUCUCUAUCGGCGUAGAAAUGAUCACCAAGCCAUCUGUUCUUUUAUUAGACGAGCCAACAAGCGGUCUCGACAGUGUGACCUCUAAUCAAAUCAUUAGCAUGCUACACGAUAUGGCAACGGCAAACUGCACUAUAGUUUGCGCAAUACAUCAACCCAGUAGUCGAAUGAUUUCACUCUUUGAUGACAUCAUGGUACUUAACCAGGGCAGAUGUAUGUAUUGUGGUCCCAAGAGUGAGAUCUUAAACACAUACAGAAUUGCCGGAUUUACGUGUCCCAGUUUCUAUAAUAUAGCCGAAUUUGUGCUUGAGGUAAUAACCGAACAGAGGGAUGGAGAUUUAAAAAAUCUAUACAAGAUCUGUCAUAAUGAAUAUAAAAAAUUCAAAUCAUGCAGUAAACAUAACAAAAAUGAACUAGAUUCACCAAAUAAUUUCAACCAGAAAUAUGAAAUACGAGACGAUACAAAUACAAAUAAUAUAAUACAAAAAAUGUCGACGUGGCAACAGCAAAAGAUAUUAUUUUUACGAGCUUUAAUCUGCAUAAAGCGGGAUAACGUUUUGACAAAACUACGAUUAGCGGUGCACAUUGUAAUCGCGUUAUUAAUAGGAACACUUUUCUAUAAUUUUGGUAAUGAUGCGGGAAAAGUGUACAGUAACAUUUCCUGCAUAUUUUUUUAUCCAUUUUUUUUAUUCUUUGCAAACCUCAUACCAGUAAUUCAAAUGUUUCCUACGGAAGCGGCAGUAUUCCUACAAGAACAUUUAAAUAAUUGGUAUUCUUUGAGAGCUUAUUAUAGUGUAAAAGUAUUAACGGAUCUUCCGAUUCAAAUACUUCCCGCUUCGUGUUUCCUGUUUAUAUCAUACUAUAUGACAGGACAGCCAAUGGAAUAUGAAAGAAUUUUACAGGUAUGGUGCGUCUGCCUGUUAAUUACGAUUCUUGGACAAACGAUCGGAAUAUUUGCAGGCGUGGUUUUAGGCACUGAGUUAGGUAUGUUUCUAAUACCAGUAAUUAGUAUACCAUUACUGUUGUUCUCUGGAUUUUUCUUGAAAUUAAAUGAAAUGCCGACGUAUCUACAGCCAUUAAGUUUUGUGAGUUUUUUCAGAUUUGCGUUUGAAGGAAUAAUGCUGGCGAUAUAUCUUGACCGACCAAAUCUACCAUGCUCUGAAGCCUACUGUCACUUGCGUUCUUCAAACAAGAUUCUUUCGGCAAUGGGCAUGCCAACAAUAUCAUUUCAUCUAAUUCUGAUAAUACUUGGCUCUUGGAUACUUUGUUUACACGUAAUCAUCUAUGCAACACUUGUAUGGAAAAUUUAUUUUGCAAAAAAGUGA